AUGGCGGCUGCGCUGAUACAUGCUGAAUUUGGUGACGACUGCGACCUCUACGCUGUCCUUUGUGUGGAGCGCUCGGCCGGAACGAGAGAUAUCACUCGAGCCUACCGAAAGCUCGCACUCAAAUAUCACCCCGAUAAACAGCGUGGUGAUGACGCAUCUCGUGCUAAAGCAACGGCCAAGUUUCAGGCAGUGAGUGCUAUUCAUUCUAUUUUGAGUGAUAAGGAGGCGCGCGCAGUGUAUGACGAGUCGGGAACAAUUUUAGCAGAUGCCUCUGACGAGAAGUCUCCUUCUUUUCAGACGUGGUCGCAAUAUUUUGCACGUGUGUUUCCAAAAGUGACAAAGGAAAAAAUCACAGAGUUCGAAGAAGAGUACCGCUUUUCUGAAGAAGAGAGACGCGAUGUGCUGAUUGCCUACACUAAGUAUGAGGGCGAGAUGCAGCACGUCAUGGACACGAUUAUGCUUUCGAUUGAUGACGAUGAAAAUCGCUUCGUCGAGAUGAUUCAGAAGGCCAUUGAGGACAAAGAGGUGAAAAAUUUUCCGGCAUGGAAAAAGUAUAUAAGAAAUCAAUCGAAAAAGAAAGAGCGAAAAUUGACAUUAGCCGAACAGAAGCGUAAAAUUGCAAAGCGCGAAAAAGAAGCUCGUGCAGCAGAAGAUCUUUUCAACAAGAUUCGUGGCAAGCACAUCGAUCGGUCACAGUGUAGCACCGCACUAAGUACGGAAAGAAAGCGUGGGUUUGAAUUGCUACUGGGAAGCUUAGAGGCCAAAUACGCUGAAAAGGGAAAGAAGUCUAAGCGUAAAUCUGAGCCCAGCGAAGAGGAAUUCAAAGCUGCUCAAACGAGGCUAAACGGCAACAGCAAAAGAAGUGAGGCGAGCAAAUAA